AUGAAAUACCCCAAUGCUGCUGCUCAAAAAGCAGAAUAUGAAAAAAUUAAAACUGCAAAAGCAAAAAUUAUCGAAUUGGAAUCUUUGCUUAGUUUAGCUACAGAUAAAAAUAUUCAACAUGAUCUUUCU